AUGGGAAAGAGAGUGGCCAUCAUUGGAGCUGGUGUCAGUGGCUUGGCCACCAUCAGAAGCUGUCUGGAAGAAGGACUGGAGCCCACCUGCUUUGAGAAGAGUGAAGAUAUUGGGGGCUUGUGGAAAUUCUCGGACCAUGCAGAGGAAGGCAGGGCCAGUAUUUACCAGUCUGUCUUUACCAACUCUUCCAAAGAGAUGAUGUGUUUCCCAGACUUCCCAUAUCCCGAUCACUUCCCUAACUUUAUGCACAACAACAAGAUCCAGGAAUAUAUCACUGUAUUUGCCAAGGAAAAGAACCUCCUGAAAUACAUACAAUUUAAGGUCAUCAUCAGUUCCAGAAGUGGCUCCUGGGUGAUAAGCCGGGUCUGGGAUGAUGGUUAUCCAUGGGACAUGGUGUUGGUCAAUCGAUUUGAAACCUUCCUCAAGAACAACUUGCCAAAAGCCAUCUCUGACUGGUGGUACAAGAAGAAAAUGAAUGCAAAAUUCAAGCACGAGAACUAUGGUUUGAUGCCUUUAAAUGGAACCCUGAGGAAAGAACCUGUGUUUAACGAUGAGCUCCCAGCCUGCAUUCUGUGUGGCACAGUGUCCAUUAAGCCUAAUGUCAAAGAAUUCACAGAGACUUCGGCCAUUUUUGAGGAUGGGACAGUGUUUGAAGCCAUCGACUGUGUCAUUUUUGCAACAGGCUAUGGUUAUGCCUACCCCUUCUUUGAUGAGUCUAUCAUUAAGAGCAGAAACAAUGAGAUCACCUUGUUUAAAGACAUUUUCCCUCCUUCACUGGAGAAGCCAACCCUGGGAAUAAUUGGUUUGGUCCAGUCCCUUGGGGCUGCCAUUCCCACAGUUGACCUGCAAGCUCGCUGGGCAGUAAAAGUAGUAAAAGGAACUUGCACUUUGCCUUCUAUAACAGACAUGAUGAAUGAUAUUGAUAAAAAAAUGAGGGAAAGGCUCAAAUGGUUUGGCACCAGCAACACCAUGCUGACAGAUUAUAUUAAUUAUAUGGAUGAGCUUGCCUCCUUCAUUGGGGCAAAGCCCAACAUCCCGUGGCUGUUUCUCACAGAUCCCAAAUUGGCUGUGGAGGUUUUCUUUGGCCCUUGCAGCCCAUACCAGUUUAGGCUGGUGGGCCCAGGGAAGUGGCCAGGAGCCAGGAAUGCCAUCCUGACCCAGUGGGACCGGGCCCUGAAACCCAUGAAGACAAGAGCGGUUGGAACCCCCCUGAAGCCUUGCUUGCUUUGCCGUUGGGUCAGGCUUCUUGCUCUUCCCAUUCUGGUUGUUGCUAUUUUCCUGGCUUGGAUCCAAUGA